AUGUCUGACAUUCUACGGCUCUUAGUCUCACCAGGUUUUCGUACCGGUGUUUUUGCAGGAAAUGCGAUUUGGCAUUCUAUGGCUUUCUUAAAUUUUACCUUUCGACCGCAAUUGAUGAUUGAAAAGUUAACCAAUCCAGCUUUGACUGCGUCUAAAAGAACAGGCGGAGGUGAUGAAUAUACACAAGAUAUUAUGCGUUACUUAGGUGGCAUCAAUGGAGGAUAUGCAAUUUUGGCCCUACUACGAUUUGUUCCAUUGGCAAUAUCGUUGAGCAGCAAGAGUAGCGGGCAAAGAUUGACUACCACUCAACACCAAUUCGCUGUAUCAUCUGAUAUUCUUUGUUUGACAGCAUUAGGUUUGGCAAAUUUAUCACAAGCUGCUUUGAACUUCUUUUAUGCAAGACAAAGUGGUCGUUGGAUCGUUGGACAUUGGCGUGGUUGGAAGACUGACAGGAUCACAAUCUUGGAUUCGUUAUUUACCAUUCUUGAUUUUGGUAUCGUUGGCGCUCGAUUGGCUGGAUACUAG